AUGCAGCAAUCUCCAGAGAGGGUCGAACUACCGGCUGCCUUUGAGGACGUCGAUGUAGACAUCCUCGCCCGCCUUAUAGCCGAUAUGAUGGAACGUUUGAUGGCUCACAACGACCAAAUACCUCUCUCCCCCAAAAGUCUCACUCGCUUCCAUUCCCGUUCAGCCCCCGGGAUCUCCGUCUUAGACUACCUACGACGCAUCAUCAAGUUCACUAAAGCUGAGCGGUCAUGCCUACUAAUCACCUUGCACUACAUCGAUCAAAUCUCCGUGCGGAUGCCGGUCUUCGUCCUCUCUUCCCUCACUUGCCAUCGCUUUGUGAUCACGUCGAUAUGCGUAUCGAGCAAGUGCCUAUGCGACGCAUUUCACAGCAACAGCGUGUAUGCCAAGGUCGGCGGCAUCCCCGUCACAGAACUCAAUGUCCUUGAGCGCGAGUUUCUGCGCAUGAUCGACUGGAAUCUCACGUGCACCCGUGAAGUCCUCCAGGAAUACUACGUCAACCUCGUCCGCACGUACAGCAAGGGCGGCUUCGUCAUUGCCGACGCCUCCUCGAGCAGCAUAUCCUCGGACAGCGACAUGGACUACGAAACCUCCCCGCAGGCGUCCCCCAUCCCCACCCCGCAGCCCUCACUCCAGAUCCUCCAGGCGCAGCGAUUAAACGGCAGCGGGCCGUCCGCCCGCAGUAGCAGCUCUGGGCGCCGUGAGCAGUCGACGAUCCUCGUUGACCCUGCCACGCUCGCUCCGGAGUCUCCGAACCCUCCGACCGUGGAGCAGAAUAUGGCGUUCGCCGCGCUCCAGCAGCAGUCCGAGCCAGACAUGGACCUUUCGUGA